AUGACUACCCGCUCAAAAUCUGCAGAAAGGAGUACAAGAGGCUCAGAGAGAUUGGACAAGAACUCUGAGGCGCAGGAUGCCGUCACCACACUUGCCGGAACGGGUUGCUAUGGCUACGCGGAUGGACCUGGUAAGACUGCCUGCUUUGCGAAUCCCGAGGGUAUUGCCAUCGACAGGGAGGGCAACGUCAUCGUGGCGGACACUGGCAACCUGCGGAUUCGGAAGGUCACCGCCGAUGGCACAGUGUGCACAGUGGUCGGCAGCGGCAAUCAAGGCUUGUCGGAUGGCGAGGGCAAGGCCGGAUCUGAGACCUUCAACGACCCAGAGGGUGUGGCGCUGGACCAGGAGGGAAAUCUCAUUGUUGCCGACGCUGCGAACCACUGCGUGCGCAAGGUGUUCGUCAACCGGGCCAUUGACAGGUUUGUCGUACUCACACUGAGUGGAAAUGGUGAGCCCGGUUCCAACGAUGGUCAAUGCAAAGAUGCCUGCUUCAACGAUCCCAAAGACGUGGCCAUCGACGCCAACGGGGACAUCUUCGUAGCAGACACCAGCAACCAUCGCAUCAGGAAAAUCUCACAAGGUGUGGUUACCACUUUGGCAGGUUGUGGAACUGCCGGCUUUCAGGACGGUCCGGGGGAGAGCGCAGCCUUUGCGGACCCAGAGUCCGUGGCCAUUGACCUACAGGGCAAUAUCGUCGUGGCAGACACCAACAACCACAGCAUUCGGAAGGUCACUCCAGAAGGGCAAGUGUCAACUCUUGCUGGAGCUGGCAUGGAAGGCUACAUUGACGGUCCUGCUGCGGAGGCGAGGUUUCAUUGCCCCGAGGGCCUCGCUGUCGACGGCGACGGUAAUGUGAUCGUGGCCGAUACCGAAAACCACCGCAUUCGCAAAGUCCAGCCAGACGGAAAGGUUAGCACUAUCGUCGGUGGAGACAUGGGUUUUGCCGAUGGGGCGCUGGAGACCGCCAGAUUUCACACCCCAACUGAUGUUGCAGUAGAUGGUGAUGGUAAGAUCGUCGUUCUGGACUACUCCAAUUUCAGGAUUCGUUUGGUACAUGCUGGGCUGCGGCCGCCGAACAAUGUGGGUGCAGUCGGAGUGCUCCUGCAACCACCUUCCUCCUUCAGACGGGACAUGCUACGCAUGCUGUCCGAUCCGGCGCUUUCCGACAUCAGUUUUUCGGUGGAUGGUGAGGUGGUAGCUGCUUGCAGGGUUCUCAUCAUGGCAAGGUCUGAGUACUUCUACACGAUGUUGAACUCCGACUUUAUCGAGGGCAAGCAGAGUGGGCCAAUACCUAUUCAAGAUACCACAAAGGAGGCCUUCUCUGCAAUGCUCCAAUAUCUCUACACCGACGAAGUUGACCUAGCAGAUAGCAACGUCCUUGAUGUUCUGCGCCUGGCGCACAGGUGUCAGUUAACUCGAUUGUGUCAGGAAUGCUGCGUAUAUGUGCGCCGAACAUUAAAUGUGCAAAAUGCGGUGUCCUGGUGGGUUGCAGCAAAAGAGUUCUUCAUGGAGGAUGUGACUGAGCAGGCCUUUGAAUUCGUGAAACAGAAUUUCAAGCGCAUCAGGGAGGAUGCCUUGAAGCUGUUCGAAGAGGCAUUCUACCAUCCGGAGGGCCUUGCAGACGAGGAUACCGCAAAGUCUCUCGAGCAAAUCUCAGCUGCCCAGAUGUACCUUCGGAAUCAACGGUCGAAGGAAGCCAUGGAGGUCUACCGUGAAGCGUUGCAGUCCUUUCCGGGCAGCUAUGGUCUUGUCCGCGGUUACGGCCAGCUGCUUCUGAAGGAAGGUCGCACCGCCGAGGCAAUUGGGGCCAUCAGCAGAGGAGCCAAGCUGGCACCUGCAUUGGAGGCUUCCUCUCUGCACCUGCUUCUGGCCGACCUUCAUCAGAAGCUGGGCCAGACCAGCGAAGCUCUUAUCGCUUGGGAAGCAGCGGCAACUCUAAAUCCAGACAGCGCGACCGCCUGGCGGGGCCUGGCCGCUGCAGCUCAGGACGUCCCUUUGCAGCUCCGUGCUCUGCGGCGAUUGGCACUGUUGGAGCCAGGCAACGCUGAGUGGCACGCGCAGCUGGCGGCCAAAAAGCUGGCAACGACUCACACAUCGGAUGAUGCUGAGGCUGACUUGGACCGCGCGCUGCGGCUUUGUCCAAGCAACGCCCUGGCUUUGGAACAGAAGGCACUGAUGAUGGAAAGGGCCGGGAAGGAUGCACAGGCACUUGACUUCAUCGAGGUUGCUGCCAAAGAGAACAGAACCUCCAAGGAAGUCUUGGAGGUUGCAGCAACGGCUCGAUGGAAGCGUGGACACUUUCCUGAGGCAGUUAUCUGGUAUCAGGAGCUGGAACACUUGGACUCAGAGAAUUGCCUUUGGCCCACUCGAUUGGCCCAGGUAGCAUUGCGUCAAGGCCAAGUAGCGAAAGCGCAGGCCUGGCUGGUCUCAGCCGCCGAGAGGCUGAAACGUUCCGAGAAGGCACUGGAUCAACCAAAGCCACCAGUCGUGGCUGAAGUUCGAUGCUGGCUGGGCUACGGACAUCUCUUGCAGGACAAUGCCAAGGCUGCCCUCGAGACGCUGCAGAAGGUCCCUUCAGGUCUGGGAAGCGCCUCCGGUUUUAUCUUUGAGGCUCUGGCUCGAAGGCAGCAGGGUGAGGACGCUGCUGCCGCUUUGCGGGCGGCCCAAGAAGCCGAGCCCCGGCUGGCCGAGGUGAUGUACGAAAUGCUGCCUGCCCUGCCAAGCAGGUCCAUGCAGCACGUGGAAGCCCUUCUGAAGCAGCUUAAGGCUCUUCCGUCAGAAGGCUAUCCCAGGACCACCCUCGACGAGUAUGCAAAGGGCCGACCCGUGGAGGUUUACAGCAAGAGUGGAGGCCGCUGGUUCCCAGGCGAAAUUGUGCAGGCCAAUGACGAGAUGGUAAAGGUUAGAUACCUCGUCGAGUCAAAAGAUCCCAACGCAGAGCGGCAGUGGUGCGAGAAGCUGCUGCUUCGCAGUUCCGACUCCUUGCGGCCGCAGAAGGGGGAAGCACCGGCGAUGAAGGUGCCAGGGCCUGCGCUCUCUUCAGCGCCUGCCCCGAAGGGGAUCGACGUGGAAGCUGCCAUGCCCAGGCAGACAGUGCAAGAGGCGCAGCGCGCGCCAACACCGGCACUUGCAAGCAAGAAAGAGGUUCAAGAAGAACCUCGCAAUGUUAUUUUGAAUGCAGAGGACCUCCAUGUCGGGAAGGUGCUAGGCUCCGGCGGCUUCGGGGCCGUCUACCGGGGCACCUACCGUGGCGAGGAGGUAGCCAUCAAGAAGCUGCACCUGAUCGAUGGUCAGGUGACCCCUGAGCAGAAGAAUGAAUUCCAGAAGGAGGUCAUGAACCUUGCUAGAUUGCGACAUCCACGCCUCGUUAGCUUCAUCGGUGCGGCCCUUGUCGCGCCCUCGCUAAUGAUAGUCACAGAGUUCAUGCCCAACGGGUCAUUGUACGAGGCUUUGCAUCAGCGAAAGCUCGCGCUGGAGCUUGUGAAGCGGUUCAAGAUCGCCACGCAGGUCUCCGAGGGAGUGAGUUUCCUUCACAGCAAGACGCCGCCUUUUGUGCACCGGGACUUGAAAAGCAUGAACGUCGUCAUGGAUUUCGAGCUAAAUGCCAAGCUCUGCGAUUUCGGAUUGACUCAGUCCAUGGAGAAGACCCACAUAAGUCGGAGGGACAACGAAGGUGGAUCUCCACGGCCGGGCCUUGCUACCAUGAAAAUGCAAUCAGAAGUGUAUUCUACUGCGACAUUGAAACCAUAG